CGAUUUUUUGUUGUACAAUAACAAUAACACGGUAGACCAAGAGAUCUACCAAAACAACUUUAUACAUUCUUCACCCUCUGUAGACGUGUCCUGCUUCCCUUAGGGAGCCUUUACAAAGUUAUAUAGCAGAAGAGGCGAGAGACCGAGCCAGGGAUGUUAUAAACUCCUCUUAGGCAGACCAGUGGAGAGAUUAAAUUUGCUGUAUGUUAUCGUAGACAAUGUUGUUAAAAGGAGGUCAAGAGUAUAUCUGCUCAUGUUUCUUCAAGAGAAACAUAUUCUUAAAGCGCUAUAAAAUGCAUGUAACUUUCGAAAGUCAAGAUCAGUUUCAGGAUCAGUACCGACAGCUCCUCCGCAUGAAAGGUUGUGCCACAGAAAAGCAGUAUAAGGAUGUUCUUGAGCAGAUCACCAGUGAAAUUGAGCGUCGGAGAGCUUUGCAUAAGCUCACUGCAGAUCGUACACAGCGUUUCAAAGAUACUUACAUCAAACUGCAUCCAGAUAUCUGGAUCCUGAAAGAGCCAUUUUUGGACUCAAGAUUUUUUAGCAUUGUAGCAGAUGCUCAGUCCAAAUCUCUGGAUAAUCUGCUAUUUUCCAUUCUGGACAAUAGCGGUAACAUUACAGAGAUGGAAGUCUACCAAUUUCCUGUUUUCUCUUCAGACAUGUGCAAGUUACUCAUCGAAGAAAUUGAGAACUUUGAGAGUUCACCUCAUGCAAAAACACGACCAAACACAAUGAAUGAAUAUGGGGUCUCGCUGGAUGAGAUGGGUCUUUCACAAGGGCUUAUACUGCCCCUUAUCCAAAAAUAUUUGCUUCCUAUUUGUGCCUCACUUUUUCCAUCAUGGGGAGGAGGCACCAUUGAUUCCUUCAAGGCCUUCAGUGUCAAGUAUGAAAUGGGCAAUGACCUGCAGUUGGCGACGCACUAUGACAAUGCUGAGGUCACCAUCAAUAUAAACCUUGGAGACAAGUAUGAAGGUGGAAAUUUGCAAUUUGGGAGAAUAUUCGGAGACGAGGAAGAGUAUGAGGGCAAAGGAGAGGAAAGCUAUACCUGUGAUCAUAAGAAAGGCCAUGGCAUCUUGCACUGUGGGCGGCGGAUGCACUCAGCACUGCCCAUCACACAAGGCAUGCGCACUAACCUGGUCAUCUGGAUGCGUAGCUCUACUGUGCGCAACACUCAGUGCCCGAUGUGUCUCAGUCAUCCUUCCUUGCAUGAGGUACCCGCUGAAGGGGAGGGUUUUACCAUCCAAAGCCCGUGGAGCUGCAGCUGUACUUAAGAUUACUUUAAUUCCAGACAAAAGCUACGCAAUGUUUUAUCAAGAAAAACAACAGGGAAGCAGAAGUAUUACAUUUUAAAAUUUAAAUAGGGAAUCAUUACUCUGAUUUUUCAGAGAGUUUUUAAAAAAAUGUCAUCCCAUAAUCUGGAUCAAUUUGCUUGACCUAAUGAUGGUUAUGGUCACAUCCUCUUUACUUUUCUUCAUAUGGGCCAUCAAAAUGUACGAAGCAGGAAGUUACUCCUCUUUUGAAGUCAAAGUCUAAGGUUUUUUCAAAGGGAAAUACAUUUUUUGUGUGCUGUUUCUCAAGAAGUAAAAGACAAAGUUACUGUGAAAAGUUGCAGCGCUCAGAGGUUGUAAAUUUAUUUGUAAAAUACAUAAUAAUUGGUUAGUUGAUAGUAUUUUUUAAAUUUAAAAACAGAAGUGGUUUAUGUGCCAUUUUGCAACACCUGUUUUUUUGGGACUUGAAGACUCAUAGGUGCUCAACUUGUUUUGAAUAAUGGACAUUGUAAUUGCCACUCUGAGAUCUUUCCCUUUGCUCGAUCCAAUCACAGUUAAUACCUUACCACACAUUAUUUGCAUGUGCCAUACCAAACAUUAUAAUGACAUUUUUGGAAUGUCUGUUAUUUAGUCUCUGGCAUCAAAUCCAAGAAUGCAAAGAUACGAAGUCUGACUUCCACAGACUCGAAGUGGACUUACGUUAUCUUGGAGAUUAUGGUUAUAACUUGAUAAUAUUGCUUUGUUUAUCAUACAGAAUUUGUUCUAGUUCUACCCAAAGGCCCAAAACUGACUGGCAAGUAUCGUGAAUUAUUAGUUCCAGCCAGUUAGCGGGUCUGUAAUGGUACACAGAAGAGCAGAUGUCAUUGUUUAGGGUGACCUGAGAUGGGCUGAUUGGACUGAUGUACAUGUAGACAUGUCGUGAGCUUUAAACCUUGAAAUCAUUUUCAAGGUACUGACAUGGAUCUUCAGUGGUCAUACUUGUUGAACCUUCCCCACAAUAUGAGGAUCUAUGGCUGUGUCAAAGCAGGUUUCUUCUUGAAAAGCUAAACAUGCUACUUCAUUGGAUGCAUAGAAGUGUCCAAAUGUCAUCCCCACUCUCUAUGAACAUGGCUUUGUAUUGGUAGAUUUUGACGACAGAUUCAGCCAAUCUUACCACAGAGCUUUCAUUGAAGUCUUUCUCAUCUAAACGAAUUACCAUUUUUUUUACAGACAUAUGUUGGCACUGUUCCAUGACAACUGGCAAUUGUAUUGGUGCUGUGUUGGUCUACAACUUUAUGUCUUUAUGUAUUGUGGUGAUGUCACAUGGGGCUAAUUAGCCAGUGACAAAGUGUUACUGUCAUAAAUAACUCAAAAAUGCUCGUGUAUGUACCCAUAUGAUAUGGCAUGUGUGUGUGUGUGUGUGUGUGUGUGUGUGUGUGUGUGUGUGUGUGUGUGUGUGUGUGUGUGUGUAUGUGAGCGUAUAUGUGUGUGUGGGUAUGUGUGUGUUUUUGUUCACAUGCACAAACUCGAAUUUAUGAAUAAUAUUGUAUGCACGAGUCUGCAUUGUACAAGCAUGUCUUUUUUAGCAUGAAUGGAUAUUUCAGAAACAGAAUCGCUUCUCACAUCAUGUUUUUGUAUGAUUAUCAUUUAUACAUACCUGUAGAUAUAUUGUAGGCCUACACACCAGAAAAUAAUAAAAAUGCCCCUUUCAAUUAUAU